AUGAAUUUUACUCUUUUUGAAUGUGUUUUUGACCUUUCUAUAUUUUUUUUGUAGAAAAAAUAUUUCAGUAGUAGCUGUGGCAGUCAACCAAGUAUGCAAGCCAGCACUAGUACUGCAGCUGCUGUUGCUGAGAGAGAUGCAAAUUCUUUAACAACUGAAAAGAUGCCUGUAAAUGCUAAAUCAAGCAACAGAAGGCCUGCAGGAAGGCCUUCAAAUGCUCAAAGUGCACUAAGAUAUUCAGGAAGGCCUAUAAAUGCUCACAGUGCACCAACAGCUGCAGGAAGAUAUGCAAAUGUUGCAUCAGUUGGUGGUGUGAGGCUUGCACGUGCCUCAACAGCUGAUAUAAGGCCUGUAGCUGCUAUGAUGCCCACUACCACUUCAGCAGUGGGUGCUACUACUACACAAUCUACAACUCAGCUAUCUACUAGUGGUGUUGGUGCCCAAAAGAGGAAGACUAGUACAACUUUGAGAGGUGGUGCAAAUCUGGUAUAUAAAAGACCAAGGCAAAAGAAGCAGGUUUUGGUGUGCUGUUUUGACCAAGUGGCAGUGUGGUAGAGAGGUCUGGAAAUACUGAUAGAGUAUUACAUAGUCCAACACUUAUUAGUUCAGUUCCAACCAAUAUUGACUUGGGUUUCAAACCAAAUAGACUAAGGUGGAAAGGUGGAGCUGCAAUAACUCAAAAUCAGCUACAACAACAAAGUAGCAAAAGAUCAAAGGCAAAGUCAUCUCCAACCACUCAAGCCACAUCAAGCACUCAAGUCAGCAAGAAUCAAUCCACAACAAGCACUCAAGCAACAUAUUAGUGUAAUUCUCUUUCUGUAUUGAUCCCAACUGUUGUUAAGAUAAUUUUUUAAGACUUCUGGUUCAUUGUUGUUAAGAUAAGAAUUUUGAUGUUGUUAAGACAAAUAUUUUGAUGCCAAUUAUAUAUUGCAGAUUUUUAUGUU